AAAAUGGCGCCCUCUCUUCAUCCACUUAUUGACAAUGGCCUCACCAAGGGCAACGCCAAUUUCUCCGGCGGCAAACUCUACUGCAAAUGCUCCAGCAUCCCGGUGGAAGUCACCCUCUCCUCCAACGUCGCGCACAACCACGCCUGCGGGUGCAGCAAAUGCUGGAAGCCCCAGGGUGCCCUCUUCAGCGUCGUGGGCGUCGUCCCGCGCGACAAGGUCAAAGUCACCGCCGGGCAGAACAAACUGCACAUCGUAGACAAGAACGCGGUCAUUCAGCGCCACGCCUGCCAGGUGUGCGGGGUGCACAUGUUUGGCCGCAUCGAGACCGACCACCUGUUCAAGGGGCUCGACUUUGUGCAUGUCGAGCUGUCCAGGGAGACAGGAUGGCAGGAGCCGCAGUUCGCAGCGUUUGUGAGCUCUAUUAUCGAGCAGGGGUUUGAUCCCGACAAGAUGGGCGAGGUGCGUGGUGCGCUGGAGAAGAAGGGACUGCCGACGUAUGAUGCGCUCUCGCCGCAGCUGAUGGAUCUUAUUGCUACGUGGACGGCGAAAAAGGCGGGGAAGCUUUGAUUGCUUACAGAGGAGAAAACAUCUUGGAUCAAGAGCGCGAGUUUGGUGAGCAGAGAAGGAUGCUAUCGAACGUUGAGAAGCGGAACCUCGGGUGGCUAGGAGUUCAUUAUCAAUCAUAACUAACACGCUUUGCCCGUCACCCAUCUAUCGUCUGCUAAAGUCACUUGCGUUUGCUGGCCAACGUCCAUCCUCUCAGCACACAGAAGACAAUUAUCUCAGCAAAUUCUCAAAGCCUCAUGCCAUUCUGAAUCGAAGCUUCGGGUAUAUCGUGGAAGAUGUGCUUCAACAGGAGUGGAGGACACAAUUUUCUCGCCAAAGAUCGUUGCAUUACAACUGCUCAUUUUCAUCCAGUAUGGAUCAAUUGAAAUCGCUCGCUAUCUAUGCUUUAUCGCAAUGUGAAAGUAUGCACCGC